AUGCUAUUCGCCAUUUCCCAAAGCCGAGCAGUAUCACUGACAUCCGCUCUGAUCAAUCAAGUCUCAUAUGCAUUUGGAGCCACUGAACGUAUGCUACCAUUUAAAAAACUGCUAAAACCCAGCACGAAGUUUUAUUGGGACGAGGAACUCAAUGCACUCUUUGAGGAAUCCAAAUCCGUAAUCAUAAAUGAAAUCCAUGAGGGCGUUCGCAUCUUUGACAAGACACGUCCCUCUUGUCUUGCCACUGAUUGGUCAAAACACGGCCUCGACUUUUGGCUACUCCAAAAACACUGUGAAUGCCAAUCGACUGGACCACUAUGCUGCCACACCGGGUGGAAGAUCAGCCUUGUCGGCAGCCGCUUCACACAUGCCGCUGAAUCCCGAUAUGCACCUAUAGAAGGGGAGGCACUGGCAGUCGCAGACGCCCUCGACAAACCUCUGCUCAAACUAUUCGGUGAUCGGACAUUGGAAAACAUCCCAAACCCCCGCCUACGUAAUCUCAAGGAGAAGACACUGAGAUACAGGUUCCAAAUGAUCCAUAUCCCUGGUAUCCGUCACAAAGCCGUCGAUGCGAUCUCCCGCCACCCCACAGGUCCAGAGAACCCCACCAUGCUUCACCUCCAGGACGACAUCGCAGAGUUAAAGGACACCACUACACACACCGGCUUUGACGAAACCAUCGCUUCACUCGCUUCUCUAGCACUUACAAACGUCGCCACAACCUGGGACAGGGUGCGCAUGGCAACUGCCAGCGACACCACUAUGCACGAUCUCAUGAUUGUCAUUGAAUCUGGCUUUCCAGCUUCACGUAAUGACCUCCCAACACCAUUACAAGAAUACUACCAGUUUCGUCACAGCCUCUACACAGUGGACGGCGUCAUCAUGUACAGAGAUCGUGUGGUUAUCCCACCACUGUCAAGCAAAAAUAUCCUGGAAGUGCUACACCCGGCACACCAGGGCAUAUCAUCUAUGACAUCCCUCGCAGAGGACUCAGUCUUCUGGCCAGGAAUCACCUCAGAUAUCGCAGCAAUGCACAGUUACUCUAACUGGCCUAUUAUCGAACGAGCCAAAGACGGUUGCGACGGACUAAUCAAUUGCCUACGUCGCGUCUUCACCACCUUUGGGAUCCCAGACGAAUGCGCUACGGACGGCGGACCCGAAUUCACCGCCGUCAAAACACGGCAGUUCCUCAAACAAUGGGGGGUACACCACCGCCUCACCUCCGUUGCAUUUCCGCACUCAAAUUGCCGCGCUGAGGUUGCCGUUAAAACUGUGAAACGCCUCACCACGAACAAUACCGGUCCCACUGGUAGCCUCAACACAAACGCCCUACAAAUUGCUGUUCUACGAUAUCGUAACACGCCUGAUACCGAUACGAAAUUAUCACCGGCCCAAUGCGUCUUCGGCAGACCGAUUAAGGAUUUCAUACCAAUUUUCCCCGGCCGUUAUAGGCCACACGCCACCUGGAGUGAAACACUCAUUGCUCGCGAGGAGGCUUUACGAAACCGGCACAUGAGAGCGGCGGAACGUUGGUCAGAACACACAAGAAGAUUACCACCUCUGUCCAUUGGUCAUCACGUAAGAAUACAGAACCAAACAGGACCGUACCCUACGAAAUGGGACAAGACUGGAACAGUCAUCGAAGUCCUUCAACACGAUCAAUACCGCAUAAAAGUCGAUGGGUCCAACAGAAUUACACUUAGAAACAGAAAAUUUCUCCGGCAAUUCACACCUGUACAAGAGCAGUCACCCAAAUAUACUAUUGAUACGGACCUGCUUCUGAUACCAAAAGUCUCAACGGAGAACCUUACUCCCAACAAAAUGACAGCCAGCAGAAAACAAACACCGUCAUUACCAUGUCUGGGACCGGCGACACAAACUGACACCCCAAAGCCAGCACCACUACCGAACAUAGAUACCUCAGAUGGAACUUCACCAAACGCAACCAAGAUACCUGAAGAUGCCAGUGAACCUACACCAGCGACCACAAAGCCAAGCAAGAAAGCACCACUAGCUCUACGCAGAUUACUCGAUUUCAACAAGAAAGGGCUGUUAGAAAAUUGA